CUCUCGCUCGAGCUGCUUGUUGCGUUCACGGCAGAGGCGCGUGAGCGUGGUGGGAAAUGCGAGCAAGAUGGCGGCGUUGAAGGAGGAGCAGUGCUACGGACUGUCCUGUGGAAGAGUGAGCAAUGGCAGCAACAUCUCCGUCUAUCAUGUCAAGCUGACUGACAGCGCGCUGCGAGCGUUUGAAGACUACCAGAGCAACAAGGGCCUGACUGCUAAACCACUAAUAGGAUUCACAGGAAACCAAGGGAAAAUCUCAAUACCGCAGUCAGAGAAUCCAAAUGAGCUGCGAACGUUUACGUUCUACCUGUCCAAUGUGGGGAAGGACAAUCCCCAGGGCAGCUUCGACUGCAUUCAGCAGUAUAUUACAAGUGAAGGGAGCAUACAGCUGGACUGCCUAGGAGGGAUCCAGGACAAAAUCACGGUAUGCGCCACAGACGAUUCCUACCAGAAAGCCAGGCAAAGCAUGGCUCAGGCAGAGGAGGAAACCCGCAGCCGCGGAGCCAUCGUCAUCAAGCCCGGCGGGAGAUACGUGGGUAAGCGUGUACAAAUCCGGAAGCCGAUAACUGGUGUGUCGGAUGUGGCGCCGUCGCGACGGACUUCACGGCCGGUCAUCAUCUCCAGCAGUCAGAAGAAGAGCCCGCCGCGGCCGCUGAGGGAACGGCUGGUGCAUUUACUGGCCCUAAAACCCUACCGCAAACCCGAACUCCUGGUGCGGCUCACCAAGGACGGCCUGUCUCCUCAGGACAAGGAGACACUGGACAGCCUCCUGCAACAGGUGGCUAACCUGAAUAGUAAGGACAACACCUUCACAUUGAAGGAUUGUUUGUUUAAGGAAGUUCAGAAAGACUGGCCUGGUUAUACUGAGGUGGACCAGCAGAUUCUGAAGAGAAUUCUUGUACGAAAACUGUGUAAGCCUCAGAGCAGUGGCCCUGUGUCUGUGCCCUGUGAGACUCCGGUCAGCCCGCACAAAGAGCCAGCCAGCAGCUCGCCCUCUCAGAAACGACCUGGAGAGUUCAUCGAUCCCCUGGCCAAUAAGAAACCCAGAAUAUCGCAUCUAGCCAGCAAGUCUACAGGGCUCAUCAACGGCAAACUGAGCUCGUCCAAUGGGAAAGACUCUAGUUCUCAACCAGCAGAGACCUCGUCGAGCUCCCACUUCCCUCCGUUGGAGAUCCCCCGACCCUUCGACCCUCUUUCGGACGUCAGCAAUGAUUCCAACGGCCGAGACUGUGAAAGUCAGGAGGCCGCAGUGGCGGAGAGACUGAGUCAGCCCCCGUUGCUCGCCCCUCGCUCCACAACGCAAGAGGAAGGGCUGAGCUCCACGUCCCCGGCCCUCAGCGGCCUGGACGGGUCUCAGACCCAGAGUGCUCAACCCUCCCUGCAUGGCAAAUCUAAGAAGAAGUCCAAAAAACACAAGGACAAAGACAAGUCCAAGGAGAAAGAUAGGGACCGAGAACGGGACAUGAAGAAGGAGAGGAGAGUUGAAGACCGUGGCUUGGAUCAGAGGAAACCCUGUGACAUCACGACGAGUGAUAGCAGCCCAGGCCUGAACGGAACGUGCAACAGCUCCAGUAUUCCUGCAUCUUCGUCGGAGACGGCAGACUAUUUAUUAAAGUACACCGUGAUAAGCUCACAAGAGCAACGUCAGAGUUACAAAAACGACUUCAACGCAGAGUACAGCGAGUACCGGGGCCUCCACGCACGGAUAGAGAGCAUCACCCGACAGUUCACUAUACUCGACUCUGAGCUCAAACAACUCCAUCAAGGCACAGACAAGUAUAAGACAAUCCACAAUCAGAUACUUGAAGAGUAUCGCAAAAUAAAAAAGACUAAUCCAAACUAUAGCCAAGACAAGAACCGCUGUGAAUACCUACACAACAAACUGGCGCACAUAAAAAAACUGAUAGCAGAAUAUGAUCAACAACAACUGCAAAACUGGCACUAAUUUUUUUUUUUUUGUUUUUUCUUCUCAAUCUUUGUCUCUUUUGAGAGAGAAUUUCUGGAUUAUUUUUUGUUUUUCUUGGCUUGCUCUAAAAACAAGUUGCUCUAAUGUAAAAUGCCACGAAACUGAUUUCUUUUUUCCCCUGUAGUGGGCCAAGUGCUCUAGUGAGGACAAUGCAGACCCAUGAAUUUUGUUUUUAUGAGACUCGGGACAUGGGCGUACUCAGCCAUGCUUACCUGUGUAGCCUAAUGCAUUAUGGGAUUGGUUGCCAGCUUCCUUCCCUUCUCAAAGGUCUCAAAGUGCGAAAGGAAGAACUGUUCUUUGGAGAUCUUUUCCGAACAACCAACACCCAUUCCCAGAAUCUCAUAGUUUAAGGUUUAGAAAAAAAUUAAAUGGAUAUUGUUUUCUGUAUGUACUAAAAUGGAAGGUCCUAUAUUUUAUUUUCUUUUAUAUUUAUUUUCGUCUUCCAUAGGGAUACAUCAGUCCGAUUAUGAUUUCACACUCCUCAGAGUGCUAAACAUCUCGUCCCAUCCCUUUGGUCUUUCUUUCUUUAAUCAGUCAGUAUUUUAUGCAAAAGCUGCCUUGGAUUUUGAGAGAUCCCUAAUGCAGUACACCUCCCCGUUUUCUUUUUUAGAGUGCUGUAGUGUCUGAAAUAGCACUAUUUUGCUCCUUACUUUGUGCAAUGCGCUAGACCACGUGCAAUGGACAUGAAUUGGAUGCCUAUGGGAAGGAGAUAACCAUCUGUUUAGAGGCUUUGACAGUAUCAGUAUUAACAUGGUAGAGCUCCAUACAGAUGAACUUGCCAUUCCAAAGGUGAGGGAGCGCUUCGGUGUUGGCACAUUUUUACAAUAUUUUACGCUUUUAACUGAAAAAAAUUACUAUCACAACCCGAAUCAUGAAUCAGGUGUAGUUGUACAAAAAAAUGCGGCAAAUCUUGUAAAAUUGUGCCUCAGGUGAGCCGUUUGUCGUCCCUCAGGUAUCUACAGUAAUCCAGUAUUGCUAGUUACGAGUGUGACGGUAACAUAUCACAUUUGCGGCCAAACUUUCUUGGUAUUCUUCCAGAAAAUAGCGGUUGUAUCCCUUUAACGCAGCCUUGAGGGGUUGGUUGGUGAAGACGACGCAAAAAUGGUAGAAAAGCAACCUUGGCUCACUGUCUGAACCCUUUAGCAAUUCAAUGCUUGCUUGAAUACUGAGUAUUUGUGGGGGGUUGACCAUUUCUGACAGUAUUUUAGUUUCGAGAUGACUGUUAAAUUCCAUUAAGGCAUCUCAUCGCGGAGGAUCCAUUACAAACCUCUGAUGUGCUCCUCACGUUACCUGUGGACGCUCGACCACAAGUUGCUCAUCUGUCGGGUCCUGUUGAAGCAUCAGUUGUACUUCUGAUAUCUGAACUCUUUUAUGUUUAAAUAUUAAAAUUCAGCACUUUGCUCAGCUUCUUGCUGUUACUCUUACCUGGGUUUUGUUGCAAGGAGACACUUGCCUUGUCUGUCUGUGUAUGCAUGCUUUCUGACUGUUGAAGACACAAAAAAGGGUUAAGGCCAGUGUUUACAGCGGAUUUACACUGCUGUUUAAUAUUCAAAAGACAAAUAUAUAUCAAAUUGCCCCGAAUUUACCUGGCCAGUAUUGGUUCAGUGUUGCAAUUUUAGGAGUGGAAUUGCAAGAAUUUAAAUAGUCGAAUUUGACUUCCGAAUUAACGGAGAAUAAUUCUCAAUCACAAAUUUACCACGUAAAACACAAUGAUUAUUUAUUUUUUUCAACACUGAUCAUGAUCUGCUUUUUGGUCUUUUGUGUUACCUGCAGAAACGGUCUGAAAAUGAUGCACAAAUUCAAUGACGAAUGCAAAUGACGUUUGUUUGGAUUUGAAACUGCUACGAUGCUUUGAAAAAAUGAGACAACUGGGGGGGAAAUGUGCCAAAUGACCUGUUGUAUAGGUUUGGAUCGGAUGUAAUAUGUUGCUGUUUUAGCAAAAAAAGAAAAAGGGAGUGGGAGGAGCUUUGGGAUGAAGGCUUGAUGUCAAUGCUAAAACCCAAAGCGCGCUUUUUGAAACAACAAGGGACUGGGACUGAAAUUUAUCUUGGUAUUUCAAUAAAAUUCUUGGAAAAACU